GUUGAACUUUGCUGCAAAAAUUUGGAAGUAGCUGUUCAGAAACGUCAGCGACGAAUCGAUCAGAUGCGUGCGAUCAGUGAAGCUCUGAAUGUGGCCGAGAUGUACUACGAGCUGCAACAAAAGGAAGUCGCAGUGGUGGUGAAUGCUUACAGUACGUACGGGUUGCGUGUGGCUAAAACACUGAGCAAUGUGAAUCGCCGAAUCGGCCUGCCCAGUCCGGAAAAACCGGGAACAUCCGUGGCCACGUCCGUGGCUUCUAUUCCCACGCCGUCUACGACAAAACCUUCCACGUCAAGCCCCAGAUAUCCUUCUGAGCAAUGUGAAAUUACACCGGACCAUAGUGCCUAUGAUGAUUACGCAGAAAGUAAUCAUAACAAUGAUGGUGAUGAUGACAGCGAUUUUGACUCGUCCGUGAUGCCCGAGUCCGUUAGUCCACCUCGGGCUUCCGGUUAUCAACCCUCCCCGAUUGCACCGUUCAAGCCAACACGGGAUGUGGACUAUCGACUGCUGUUAAAUCCAGCCCGGAAGGAGUUGCAUUCAGAUCGGGUAUCCGGAACUGGGACAACAGCCAGACAAACGUUGAUUGUCAGUUAUUUUCGCUUAUCACCGCUGCCGUUGUGGCGACUGACCGUAAUGUUGCAUUUCAAUCCACGUGGCAACUACGGUCAUCCCAUUAUUGUAGCUCCAAUUGUAGCCCUUUAA